AUGUCGGCACCACCUCCUCCACCCCCGCCGCCAGCCUUCGGUGGUGGUGGCAGUGCGGCUGCGAGCGCGCCUCCACCGUCUGCUGGCCGCAAUGCGCUUCUUGACGAGAUCCAGAAGGGCAAGAAACUAAAAAAAACUGUGACGGACGACCGCAGUGCGCCCCAAGUCGGUGGACGAAUUGUUGAUGGCUCCGCGGCCCCUAAACGACAAGGUGCACCGCCAGUCCCUAGUGCUGCACCGGCCCCGCCCACGCCGAGUCACCCACCUGCAGAAUCAAACCCGUUGCUGAACGAAUUGUUGGGAGCACACAAGCUGCGAUCAGUAGGGGCUCGCCAUGACGGAGCUGCUGGUUCAGUUCCGAAACCGCAAGCGAGUGCACCCCCAAUUCCCGGUGUGUCUACAGGUGCUCCACCGCGGGCACCUGGGUUUACUGCGGCACGCCCAUCUGCUGCACCUCCCGUACCCGGUUCGGCACCCCCAGUGCCAGGAUUCGCACCGUCCGCUGGCUCUGCGCCCCCGGUGCCCGGAUCAGCGCCGCCACUAUCAGGUUCGGCACCUCCAGCACCUCCCGUACCUGGAACGGCACCUCCUGUGCCAGGAUCAGCACCCUCUGUGCCAGGAUCAGCACCCUCUGUGCCAGGAUCAGCACCCUCUGUGCCAGGAUCAGUACCCUCUGUGCCAGGAUCAGCACCCCCUGUGCCCGGAUCAGCGCCUCCCGUACCGGGCUUCGCACCACCUGCAAAUAGUGCGCCUCCUACGCCAGGAUCGAGACCCUCCUCAAACCGUCCUUCGGCAUCGCCAGUUCCUGAAUAUGGGAAGAAGCCACCACCCAAGCCAAAGCAUAAACCGGACCUUGCUGCUUUGGCAAAGAAAAAACCGCCCGUUCGAACUCAUCUAACUGCUAGUGCAAGUAACAGUCGAGCAAGUUCUGCGGGUGCCUCCCCUGCUCCGCCAGUUCCAGGAUCUGCACCUCCUGCUCCUAACGCGGCGCCAAGGGUGCCCACAUCAAGCUCGCAGCCUUCUAACACACACCCGCCGAUUCCUGGAGCAGCGCCGAAAGUUUCUGGCGCACCGCACUCAGUACCUCCAGUGCCAGGUGCGGUGCCAUCAGCACCCCCACUUCCAGGGGCCGCGCCCAGCGCUCCACGGUCGGCCUCACUGGCACCUGCUAUUCCGGGGUCAGCACCUCCAGUUCCAGGAACAGCACCUCCAGUUCAGGGAACAGCACCUCCAGUCCCAGGAUCAGCACCUCCAGUCCCAGGGUCAGCACCUCCAGUCCCAGGAUCAGCACCUUCUAUUCCAGGGUCGACGCCGGUGCCUGGAGGGUUGAGAGGUCCACCCAUUCUUCCAUCAGCAGCCCCAGCGCCCCCAACCACAGCGCCGUCAGCACCAUCUUCAUCUGCCCUGAGAGGACCUCCAAUAAGGACCCCUGCGGCACCGCCUGCACCGCCGGCACCUGCACCAACUGCUGCACCAAAACAAAUACCAGCGGCAGCGCCGGCAGCGCCGCCGGCGCCGCCCGCACCUCCGUCAGCACCGUCGGGAAGUGCUCUUUCAGGACCCCCUAUUCGAAGAGCGCCGCCCCCUGCGCCGGAAGCAGCAGCAGCAGCCACUGCAGCUACUCGAUCCACUUCGUAUACAAUUAACGGAUCCAACGCUGUCAGUGGAAAAAUCGUAAUCGACGACAGCCGAUUCAAAUUCAAAGAACGCAACGACCUGCCCGCCCCACGGCAUACUGCACCGGAUCAUUUCAGAUCUACCAUUCGCAAGUACCCUUCAGGCAGAGGAUCAACUGUUCCUUUAAAUCUACAACUUUAUAGUUAG